AUGGUCCCUCCAGAGGGCCAGUUUAACGAGACCGUGGCCCAAGAAUUGCGUCAGCUCUACCCCUACUCGAUCUGCUCUCGGUCCUGCCGACUCGGCCAGGCGACACGCUACGCCCAGGACAGUCCCUGUUGCUGGCGCUGCAGCGAUUGCAGUCCCGGCCAGUACGUGCUCUGGCGACCGACCAGCGGUCCGGCCGACAUUCCACAGUACCGCUGGCCGUUGGGCGGCUCCGGCGACGCCGGCAGCGAGGCUGCCUACGUGGCGACGGUGAACAACGAGGCCGGCUGCCGUCCCUGUCCGCCGGGCACGCAGUCCUACGCCAAUCGGACAGGCUGUCAGAUGCUGGAGUUCGAGUUUCUGGGCCCUCGGAAUCCGAUGCUCUUCGGCGUGGCCGCCUGGAGUCUGGCCGGUCUGAUGGCCUGUGUCGGAGUCGGCAUCACCUACGUCUGCAAAUGGCGGACGCCCGUGAUCCUGGCUUCGGGGCGAGACACCACUCUCUUCCUCCUCUUCGGCAUGAUGGCCAGCUACGUGGCGCCAAUCGCUCUGAUGAUGGGCCGACCGUCGACCACCAUCUGCGCCCUCGGUACCAUGGCCCCGGGGCUCUGCAUCACCAUCUGCUAUGCGGCCAUCUUCACAAGGACCAAACGCAUCGCUCAAAUCUUUUUGGUCAGCUCGCCAGUUUGUGCGAAUUAUCACUUUCCGACCAUCAGUUAUGACUUCAAUAUAAUGUCUAGUCAGUCUAGGUAG